AUGACUCAGUUUUCGUCCACACCAGAACACAAAAGGACCAAGGAUGGUGUCAAGACAGCAAGGAUUGGCGAGCAUCAACGGCCUAUGGUCGUCAUCGAUGAUGGCGACUUCAAAGACAUGAAUGGAGAACCGGUCAAGUCGAACAAGGUCAUACCAAGACUCCAGGCUCAGAUGCCACUAGAGAGUCCAGCUCAGGGCCGCUCGCUCAUCUGCCCCAACCCAGGCUGUGGCGGCCAUUGGUCAUCAGCAUAUGACUCAGUACAUAAAUUAGACCUCAAGGCCGACCUCCAGCGCGAUGGGACCACAACGCUGAUCAGAAAAUGCCUAGCUCUGCCCUUCAAUAGUUAA